AUGCAUUCACUAAUCCAUCACCCAUCCACCCAUCCACCCAUCCUCCCAUCCACCCAUCCACUCAUCCUCCCAUCCACCCAUCCACUCAUCCUCCCAUCCACCCAUCCACCCAUCUAUCCCUCCACCACCACCCAUCCAUCUAUCCACGCAUCCACCCAUCUACCCAUCCAUGCAUUCACUAAUCCAUCACCCAUCCACCCGUCCACCCAUCCUCCCAUCCACCCAUCCACCCAUCCUCCCAUCCACCCAUCCUCCCAUCCACCCAUCCACCCAUCCUCCUAUCCACCCAUCCACCCAUCCUCCCAUCCACCCAUCCACCCAUUCACUCAUCCAUCCUCCCAUCCACCCAUCCACCCAUCCUCCCAUCCACCCAUCCACCCAUUCACCCAUCCACUCAUCCUCCCAUCCACCACUCAUCCAUCCUCCCAUCCACCCAUUCACUCAUCCACCACUCAUCCAUCCACCCAUCCACCCAUUCACUCAUCCACCACUCAUCCAUCCUCCCCAUCGCCUCACCGCCUCAAACCAGCAACAGCACACUCGCAGGAGCCAUCCAACCCAACUCCACCCGCGUCCCAUGAUACCCCAUCCCGCCCAUACCCAUUCCACCCCAUCCCACCCUAUUUGAGCAACAGCACGCUCACAGGAGCCAUUCCAGCACAGCUCAAUCUCUAUUUGAGCAACAACACGCUCACAGGAGCCAUUCCAGCACAGCUCUAUUCCUAUUUGAGCAACAACACGCUCACAGGAGCCAUUCCAUCGCAGCUCAAGACCCUCACAAACCUCCGCUUCCUCUUCAUCGACAAGAAUGCCCUCACAGGAUCUGUACCAGCUACAAUCUCCUCCUUUGCCUCUCUCAUCUACCUGAGUGCAUCAAACAACAAGCUCUCAGGCUCUUUGCCUGCGGGCCUCUCCUCUCUCGCUGCAUUACAGUACCUAGGCCUGGCCAACAACACACUCACUGGAUCGAUACCCUCUGCCCUCUCCUCCCUCGGCUCUCUAGCCAUUAUGUUCCUGCAUCACAACUCGCUCACAGGCUCGCUCCCUCUCCCGCUCUCAGAGCUCACCUCCCUCUUCUCCGUGGACCUCUCGUACAACAAGCUCAACGGCACUCUGCCUCCCAUCUUCACCAGCAGCAUGCAGUUUCUGGGAUUCCUGCAUCUAUCCCACAAUUCCUUCCUAGGACCGCUUCCCUCCAAUCUGGCCACCUGCCAAUCGCUUUACGAACUUGACGUCAGCAACAACUAUCUGAGUGGCAUGGUGGCUCCCAUUAUCAGCUCGCUGACGUCACUGCAGACACUAGAUCUCUCUGCCAACUAUUUCACCGGGCCAGUUCCUUCCAUGAGCUCAGCCCCCCUCAUCCUGCACUACAGCAUCCACACCAACUAUUUUUUUGGCUCGGGCAACAUUCUCGACCUCGCCGGAAAUUCCAUCUGCCCGAACGCCACCUCCUCCGUCCAAACCGCCAACAACUGCCUCCAAUACGAGUCCGACACCUGUACCAGCGCCACCAGCACAGGCGGUAACCCUGUUACCGUAACCGAGGCCCAGCGCACCGCAGCAGACUGCACAGCGUUUUGCUCGACGAGUUUCGGGCUGGUUACCACUCCGGGGAGUAACGCGCAGUGCACUUAUGGGAUCGGGGUGUGUGUGGUUAGCGCCGUUGCGGUUACCACGGGUGCGGUUACCAUACAGUGUAACUGCACGUGGCUGGGGUCGACCCUUGCGGCUAACAAGACUGCCUGCCUGCCUCCUC